AGUAGACUAGGUCACAAAAGAGAAAUUUAGGUUUUUGGGAAGCAUGCUUGGCUUGCGGCCAUGGCUUCUAGCGCAAUCUCCUCAAGCUCUCAAGCGCCACGAUCUGGUCGUGCGAUCUCUUCACCAGGAAUGUGGGCGCAAAUCUCGCCUUGUUUUUCUUGGAACACCGGAGCCCGCUGCAAAGGUCCUCGAUUCUUUGCUAGACGCCGCAGCGGCUAAAGACUCCAAAUUCGAGAUUGCUGGGAUCGUCACGCAGCCGCCAGCAGCCAGAGGUCGAGGCAAGAAGCAAAUGCCAUCUCUAGUCGCCCAAAGAGCUCUCGACCGGCAAUUCCCUCCACACUUGAUCUUUUCGCCAGAGAAAGCCAGUGAGCAAUGUUUUUUGGAAGAACUGAAGAGUUUGGAGCCGGAUCUCUGCGUGACUGCGGCUUACGGCAACAUUCUCUCUCAGAAGUUCCUUGACAUUCCAAAGCUUGGUACUGUUAAUGUUCAUCCGAGCUUGCUGCCGCUGUAUCGAGGUGCCGCUCCAGUGCAGCGAGCCAUUCAGGAUGGAGUGAAGGUUACUGGCGUGAGUGUCGCUUACACAGUCCGAGCUCUCGACUCUGGCCCUGUUGUAGCCUCUGAAAGCGUUGAAGUGGACGAAAACAUUAAGGCACCUGAGCUACAAGAUCUUCUCUUCUCUAAAGGGACGUGUUUGCUGCUGAGAGAAAUGCCACAUCUACUGGAUGGAACGGGACGAAGUCGGGCUACGGAGCAAGAUCACUCUCGCGCCACUCACGCUCCCAAGAUUGGUGUAGAGGGAGCGUGGCUUUCAUUCGAGGAGCCUGCGGCUAUAAUCCACAACAAGGUGCGAGCUUUUUCCGAAUGGCCUGGGACCAAGGCAAAGUUCCAUCUCUCGAGCAGCAACGAUCGCGAGAUCCUGGAGAUGAAGAUCGUGACAACCAGAGUUUGCCAGUCAGGAUUUCCAUCGACUCGCUCCAUUCUACUCAACGCUGGAUCGAUGCUUGUGGAAUGCGGUGACCACUCUUGGCUGGAGAUUUUGGAGGUCCAGCCACCAGGAAGAAAAGUGAUGAAGGCUCGCGAUUUUUGGAAUGGCUUGCAAGGAAAGGAAUUGACAAAGUUUUACGAGGAAGUUCUAAUGCACUGAGAUAGAGCUCGUUGGAAAUUUAAAUUU